AGUUUGCGUGUUGUUUCCCUCUGAUCGUCUCGGCUCAUCACCCACCCACACACGUACACGAAGUCCGCUCAUCUCUUUACCCUCUUUAUACCUCGUAGAAAACAGCCCGACAAGUCAGCUUCUACCGAGUUAUUCUUGUUCCAAUUCUUCAGGAGAUUACGGCCGGCACACGUAGAAGGCGGGUCAAGAUGGGUCACGAUAUGAUGGAUUACAACGUGCACGAGGGUCACCUCGAGGCCAUGGUGCACGGCUACCGCGACGCCCUGCUCCACGUCGACGAGUACAACAACCUGUGCCAGUGCGACAACCUCGGCGACAUGAAGAGCCAGCUGCAGGUGACCGACUACGGCAACUUCCUCCAGCAGGAAGGCUCGCUGACCUCGCGCAUCAUCGUGGACCGUGCGCAGGACGUGCUGCUGCGACAGUUUAAGGAGCUCCGUGCGUGGGCCGAGCCCCCGCUGUGCCAGUUUCUAGACUUCAUCAGCUGCGAGUACAUGCUGUCGAACGUCCUCAAGCUGAUCGUAGCGAAGCGCAGCGGUCGAGCGAACCUGGAGCUGCUCACCAAGUGCCACCCCCUCGGCGUGUUCCCUGAAAUGCCGACGCUGAUUGCCGCCUCCGACGUGCAGGAGAUGUUCGAGGUGGUGCUGAUCGACAGCCCUGUCGGCCGCUUCUUCAGCGCCGAGGGCGGCUUCGAGCGCGACCUGGACGAGCUCUCCGUCGAGUACAUCCGCGGCAUCCUCAUGAAGAACUACUACGAGCAGUUCUACGAUUUCUGCUACAGCCUGGGCGGGGAGACGCGCGACGUGAUGUGCCCGGUGCUGGACGCGGAGGCGGACCGCAUGGUGCUCACCUUCACCUUGAACACGCUCGGCAUGCGCGAGAUCACGCCGGCGGACCGCCGCAAGGUGUUCCCGAACAUCGGCACGCUCGUCGACAUCCACGACGACAUCGCGGAGAGCGAGAAUGAGGAGCAGCUGCGGGACCGCCUGCGCCGCUUCCCGACCUACUACGAGUUGCUCGAUGACGGCAGCCGUAACAUCGACACGGCCGGCAAGAAGUCCCUCGAGCGCCGCUUCGUCGAGGCCUCCGUGACCAUCUACAACGACGCCAUGACCCGCCAGUUCCAGUACGGCAUCUUCUACGCCUACGUGAAGCUGAAGGAGCUGGAGAUCAACAACCUCCAGUGGAUUGCUGAUUGCGUGGUGCAGCAGAUGCGCAAUCGCCUGCACGAAUACGUGAACACCGUGCCGUCGGCCAUCUAA